CCGCACCUCCUCACAUGCCCACAUCCCUAUAAAUGCCGAACACCAUCAGACCCACCGCCUCCCAUGGCCUCCACCAACCACCGCCCCUUCCGCUGCUCCUUCCGCAGCUGGAUGGCGCAGCAGCAGCAGGACCUCGACGAGCUCGUGGCGGCCAACUCCUCCCCCGCCGCGGCCGAGGAGGACCUCGCGCGGCUGAGGGACAAGUGCGUCGCGCACUUCGCGGAGUACGCGGAGAGGCGGGCCGCCAUGGCAGGGCAGAACCCGCCGUGCUUCCUGUCCCCGCCGUGGUGCUCCGCCUUCGAGAACGCCUUCAUGUGGGUCGGGGGCUGCCGCCCCUCGCUCUUCAUCCGCCUCAUCUACCACGCCUGCGGCUCCGAGCUCGACGCCUUCCUCCGCGGCGAGAGGAAGGGCAACCUCGCCGAGCUCACCGCGCGCCAGCUCGAGAUGAUCAAUGCUCUCCAUUGCAAGACUGUCAAGGAGGAGGACAAGUUUGAUACAAGAAUUGCUUCUUUGCAGGAGGAAAUAGCAGAUGAGCCGCUGGCAACGAUGGCUAAGCAGAGCGUGGGGGAGUGGAGCGAGGACGUGGAGCGCGCCAUGGUUGCACACGAGGCCGCAAUGGCAGAGGUUCUGUUGGCGGCGGAUCGGCUGAGGAUGGAGACGCUCGAGGAGGUGAUGGGCAUCCUCACCCCGUUGCAGGCCGUGGACCUUCUAGUCGAAGCGAAGAAGCUCCACAUCUCGAUGCAUUGCUGGGGUUGCAAAAGGGAGGAACAAACAUCAACGAGCACAAGUUGAAUUCCUCCAUGUGUAUAUAUGUGUUUUCUUUUCUUCUACUAAGAAAUAAAGAAUAAAACCAGAGGCAAUAUAGUAUAUUUGCCACCUUUUCAUGUUCUAA